AUGUGGACUUCUUACCAGAAGAUCUUGAUAGUUGCUGGCUUGUCAUUCUGCGCGUUCCUAUCACCAAUCUCCAGCACUGCUGUGUUGGCGGCAAUUCCCGAGAUUGCAACAGAGUUUAACACGACAGGGUCAAUUGUUGACCUAAGCAACGCCGUCUACAUCGCCUGCAUGGCCUUUUCAGUUGCAAUUUGGGGACCUUUGAGCGAAGUCUUCGGACGGCGGCCAGUAGCUGCAAUAAUCUCUAUACUGUUCGCACUUGUGAGUGCAGCCACAGCACUGGCACCAUCUUUACCGGCCUUCUUCGUUUUUCGAGCAAUUUCGGCUUUGGUUGGAACGGCGUACGUUCUCAUUGGGGCCGCAUGCAUUGGAGAUAUAUAUCCAGCCUGUCAACGCGGCACCGCAAUGAGCUGGUUCAUGUCUGCCCAGUCCGGCUAUUUAAAUCGUUCCGUCACUUCAAUCUGGUACUCGCUGCCUAUGCCAAUUCUGCUUUAA